AGAUUUGGUGAGUAUUGACUUCACGGCUGCGGCUUAUAAUCUGCUACAAGUAGUCAGAUGCUAUCACACUUUUCGGCGCCACGGCAAGCUAAUGAAAUCACUCAAAAAUAUGGCUUGGGUUUGUUACUUACUAGAUCAGGUACUUUUAUACAUGCUCAUAAUGCUACAAAUUUUAUCAUUUAAAAUUGUUUUUGGGCAGCGAAAUAAUUUUAUUCCGCAAUAA